UUGAGCAUUGAGCGGGCAAGUGUCUGACCGCUGUUUUUGUACAAAAAUCGCAAAGUAAACACUCCAAAUCGAAUAUUUUGCAUAUGUUACCUAAUAAGAGAAGGUCCGCUUACAGCGUCUACCUAGAAAACUCGGAAAAAAGUGAUGAAAAUKAUGAAAAUAUCACGUCAAAUGUUGAGAUGAACGGCCAAAAAACUCCAGCAAUGACUAGAAAGGUAAAGACACCAAGAAACAAAUCUGCUAAACGUGGAACGUUAGCCCAAAACGCGGCAAAUGAAUCCACAGAAGAACUGAGUACAAAAUCACGGAAAUCUCUCUUAUCCAAAGCCAAUAAGCUUCGUCGCAGUCUUCAGAUGUCAGGCAAAAAGAAGAAGCGUGGAAGAAGCAUGGCCGGRGSCAGCGAGUUGGAAAAAGUUACAAUUAUGAAUAAUGAUGAYAGUGAGCCUGAUCUGRUUGCACCACCAGUACAGAAAAGAUCGCGAAGCAAUCGAAGUACUGCAAGUAUUACUACAAGUUCACAUGUCCGGUCAAAUACGAGCUUGAAUUCAACUACUGCCACACAUACUCGAUCUAAUACCAGCAUUAAUUCAUCAAGUGCAACACGUGCUAGAUCUAAUACCAGUAUAAACACCACGGGCAGCAGUCAGAGGCCUGUCAGUAUGUACAACAUGGGUAGUAACACGAGCUUAGCUGACAACAGCACCAUUCAGGGAGAAACAGAGGCAGAGACUCUUUUAAAAUGGCUGUUGAGUCCUGUAAAACCUAAAAAGUUUUUCAGUGAGUUAUGGGGAAGAAAACCACUUCUAAUCAAAAGGCAUCAACUGUCCUACAACGAGGGUUGGUUUAGUACUGCUGAUUUGGAUGAUAUCAUGAGAAAGCAUAAUGUCAGAUAUUCUGUCAACCUGGAUGUUACUUCGUAUAAAGAUGGAAAGAGAGAAACUCACAAUCCUAUAGGAAGAGCACAUGCACCUGUUGUCUGGGAUUUUUAUCAAAAUGACUGCUCAGUUAGAAUGUUAAACCCACAGUCAUUCAGUCAAUCUGUGUGGAAGCUGACCUCMCUACUACAAGAAUACUUUGGUUGCUUUGUUGGGGCAAAUGUUUACCUAACUCCUCCUGGAACCCAGGGUUUUGCUCCUCACUAUGAUGAUAUUGAAGCCUUCAUUGUCCAACUUGAAGGGAAAAAACACUGGAGACUAUAUAAUCCCAGGAGUGAGGAGGAAUCAUUGCCAAGGUUCUCAAGUGGCAAUUUCAACCAAGAUGAAAUAGGGGAACCAAUUCUUGAUACUGUACUAGAAGCUGGUGAUAUGCUUUACUUUCCAAGAGGAACUAUACAUCAGGGAGACACUCCWAAGGAAAGUCAUUCCCUGCACAUCACAUUGUCAACAUAUCAAAGAAACACUUGGGGAGACUUCUUAGAGAAGCUUGUACCAARAGCACUUCAGAUUGCUUUUGAAGAAGACCCUGARUUCCGACAAGGACUUCCAAUCAAUUAUCUCAGCUAUACAGGAGUUGCCAACUCUGACAGUAUAACCAGAGACAGGUCAGAUUUCUUGCGUAAAAUAGAGAAACUAAUGUCAAAGCUUAUUUCACAUGCUCCAGUUGAUGAMGCAGCUGAUCAGAUGGGAGUAAGUGUAAUCUCCGAUUGUCUCCCACCAACACUAACAAGAGAUGAGAUUGAGCAUAGCAUAUAUGGCAGUGGUGCAUCCUGGGACGGUGAGGGAAUCAAAGACUCUUCUGCCAUAACAAGUAAAACAUCUGUAAAACUGAUAAGAAAGGGAGUUGCAAGGCUUAUAAAUGAAGAUGAUGGUGUGUCAGUCUACCAUACAAUGGAAAAUUCCAGGAUUUAUCAUGAAUUUGAACCUCAAAAACUGGAUUUUAACUCAGAGGCAGGGCCAGUAAUUGAGUGCAUACUGAAUGUAUAUCCUGAUUAUAUCAAAGUUGGGGAUCUUCCACAUGAUAGCAUAGACUUUAAGGUUGAUGUAGUCACUAUGCUUUAUGAGAAAGGAAUUCUAGUAACCGGUGAACCUCUCUCACAGUAAAGGAUACAUGGCUUACAGAACAAUGAUACAAAAAUCAGUUUUGAAACUUGAAGAACAGCAAUAAAUUAUUAGUCUGCAUCCAGCCAAACCAGAACUAGUUAUUUGCCAGAAUGUUUUCUUGUCUUUGAUAUUAUAGAGUGACAAAACCUGAACAAAAAAUUCACGUUAUUUGUUUCUCUGGCUUUGUUUCAUUCCUCACUCUUAUGUUUUGA